AUGCCCGAGUUCUCCAAGCUGGGCGAUGAACUUGACAAGGAGCUCAUUGUCGUGAGCUGUCUCCUCCACGAUCUCGCCUGGUCCAAGAACAAGGAGAUUGUGACCAACACCAGGCGUUUCGAGGUCGACGGUGCCAACCUCGCUCGCGACUUCAUCGACUCAUACCCCGAGAAGGAGAGCACCUGGGACAGGAAGGGUCGCCGCAUGCAGCUGGCCUGGGACUCCAUCGCCCUGCACACGAUGGAAGUCUUUGCGCCCUGGAAGGAGCCCGAGGUUGCUCUAGUCCACUACGGCAUUCACGGUGACCUUCUUGGACCGAGCCUGCACCUCCUCGGCCUUCCGGAGGACCUGCCAAACCUGAAGGGUGUCAUGACCGAUGAAGAGUUCAAGGAAAUCUGCAACGCGUUCCCUCGUAACGGCUUUGCCGACGAAUUCAAGGAGAUCUUCUGCGGCUUGUGCAGAGACAGGGGCCGCUACACCUUCGACAGCACCGUUGUGCACUACGGACUGGAAUGGGGCUUUGAUGGCAAGGGUACUGGAAAGGAGGAGUUCAACAAGUUUGUGGAGGAUACUCAGCGCGCCAAGAAUCUGUACAAGAUGAUGAGCUCCAUUGAUAAGCUCGCUGACGAAAAAUAA